UGAAUGCAAAUAAUUUUUGGCUGAAAUGCCAAAUGUGCAACUUAACUUAGAGGACACACUCAGAAGUCAGACUGAACAAUUCUGUAAUCCAGGCACGCACGUUCUGGGAAAAGGAUGGGAAGUCUUUUUGGUGCUUCUCACCUUCUAAAGCUAAGUCGAUCCACCACUCUUCUCUCAGCUCCGUUCUUCAAAAACCGGAUUUCUCACUCCCAAUUACCUAAUUACUCAAAGACGACGACGUUUCUUACUCUUCGAACUUUCGCAACCAUGGCCUCCGGCGCCGAUGAAUUCGUCAAAGGACAUGUCCACCCUAACGGCGUCGCUGUUAUCACGCUCGAUCGUCCUAAAGAUCUCAAUGCAAUGAAUUUAGAUAUGGAUAUCAAAUACAAGAGUUUCAUGGAUGAAUGGGAAACAGACCCAAAGGUGAAGUGUGUUUUGGUCGACAGUAGCUCCCCCCGUGCCUUUUCAGCAGGUGGUGAUAUUAAGCAGAUUGCAACCAAAAAACAUCAGUCAGAUAUGAUUGAGGUAUUCACAGCUGAGUAUCCUCUAAUAUGUAAAAUCUUGGGGUACAAAAAGCCUUAUAUCAGCUUCAUGGAUGGCAUUACAAUGGGCUUUGGAAUUGGUUUAUCUGGUCAUGGUCGUUACAAGCUUAUCACAGAGAGGACUGUUCUAGCGAUGCCAGAAAACGGAAUUGGGCUGUUUCCAGAUGUUGGUUUUUCUUAUAUAGCAGCACAUGGUCCUGGAGAAGGCACAGUUGGUAUAUUUUCUUCUAUUCAGCUUGCCCGUCUCUUCAUUGGUAAUUGGACAGACAAAUGCAAUUUGAAUCGAAGUCAGAAUAAAUACCGCCGUGUUGGGGUACUGAGGCAUAGUUGUUGUAUCUUGUUGGAGGGAGAAAGCGGUGCUUAUCUUGCACUUACUGGAAAUAGGAUAUCAACACCUGCUGAUGCACUCUAUGUUGGUCUGGGAACUCAUUAUGUCCCUUCUGCAAAUUUGAGUACGUUGAAGGAAGCUUUGCUUGCAACUAAAUUCUCUGAGGAUCCAGAUGAGGAGAUAAAAGAAUUGUUGGCAAAAUACAGUAGCAAUCCUGAUUCAGAACCCCGUUUGAAGUCACUUUUACCCAGAAUAAUUUCUACUUUUGCUGGUAACAAGUCCAUUAGAGAGAUAAUAGAGGAGCUAGAAAAUCAUCAGCAAAGUGCUGAUACAUUGGUGGUAGAAUGGGCCAAGGAUGCUCUGCAAGGGCUCAGAAAGGGGGCCCCUUUCUCUCUCUGUCUCACCCAAAAGCUUUUUUCUAGAGUUGCAUCUGCACGCGGUAAAAAUGAGAAUGACUUGUCCAGUCUCAAUGGUGUCAUGAGAACUGAAUAUCGCAUUGCUAUAAGGUCUGCUCUACGGAGCGACUUUGCCGAAGGUGUCCGAGCAGUCUUAGUGGAAAAGGAUCAGAGUCCAAAGUGGAAUCCGUCUUGCUUGGAGGAUGUUAACCUUAGUGAGGUGGAAGCUCUUUUUGAACCUUUGAGCCCGGAAGUUGGAGAACUGAAUGUCUAAGUGUGCCUGGAUAUCCUGCAUUUUUCCAGCAGUUAGGGUUGAUAAAUACUCCUCUGUUGGUCAAUCGUAAAACAUGCUUCCGUGUCUAAUCCCAAAUGAUGCCUGUUCAGAUGUUGACAUUAUCUCUUAAAUGUGAUUUAUGAGGAAAUAAAGUGCAGUUGGUGUGAGGACUC